AUAGAAUGUAAUAAAGUCAGAAUUUGACUCCAUCAAUAGGAAAAUACAUAACAAAAUGGUGGAAGAAUUUAGGAUUUGGUUAGAGAUUGCUGUUGUUUUUGCAAGUCUUAUUAUUAUUAAUUAAUUAAUAUGUAUAUCCAAUAGAGAACAGAUUGUCACAUAAAACUUUAAAUGUUAUUAAUGGAGACUUUUGGAGAUUAUUCACUGCUCCAUUAUGUUCAAGUAAUUGCUUAUUAUUAUUUAUUAUAGAUAGUUUUAAUGGAAUUUUGUUAAAUUGGUUUUUUUUUUAGAUGGUUGUUAAUACUUUUGAAACAAUAGUGGGAAGUGCAUUUUUUAUAUUUGAUUUUGUUUUAAAGAGUUUUCUAUUAGAAUCUUUGAAUUUCCUAUUGAAUUUCGGAUUGUCAUAUUAUGAUCCAUCUUAUAUCCACACAGAAUCUUCAGGGAUUAGUGGAUUAACAAUUUAUUAUUUAUGUAGUUCGUAAGAAAAUAAUAAAUUUAUAAAGAUUUAUUGCGUCGCCAUAUAGUAAGACUAAUUUUGGAAUAAUUUCAAUAAAAAAUUAUUUUAUAAUACUUACAAUAUUAUUUGGAAUAAUUUAUUAAACAUAGGAUUUGAUUUAUGUAAUUGGAUUUCAAUUUGCAAUAUUUGAAUGGUAUUUUUUUGAUGGGAUGAUCAUAAGAUUAUCAAAUGUAUUUUUAUAGUAAUGAUAGAAUUCAAUAGAAAAGUUAUCAUACAUUUUUGGUUCAUUUAAACAUAAUGAAUGUUUUAAGUAACCAAAACAAAGUCUACAGGAACCAAAAGUAGCAGUGCAAUAAUAAGUAGAUGAUAGUCAACAGAAAACAGAUGCAGAAGAUUUUGGAGGAAGAGGUAUAAUGAUAGGAACAGAUGAAGAAAAAGCUAGACAAUCUAGACCAUAAGGGUAGAAUAAUUAUUAAUAGAUAUGA